AUGGACGUUGAUUUGGAUACUAUUGAAAGUCUGUUACCUUCUGGUAACAGACUGAAUACUUCAGCAAAAGUUGAAGAAUUCCAGGAUUCUCUAGAUGACGACUCAAAGAAGAAAUUGAUCCAUGCCAUGGCCUCUCUCCAGGGUGGAGAGCAUGCUGGUGAGAUUUGCAGAGCAGGUAUGCGAAGUAUCAUGAAAAAUAACUGCAUGAGCCAAUUAAGUGGAACCGGACAAAAAGGAAAAAUUGCUUUUAUUGGCACACCCCUCUACAAAAUCAUCCUUUCUGCUGCUCGCAAAGCAUUGAAGAAAACCAUCCCGUUUAAGACAAUUAAACGAGAAGUCUUGGACAUUUUGAGAUUUGCUCCAUAUCUUCCUAUCAAUUAUGCUAAAAAAAAGCGUGGAAAGAAAUCAAAUCCAAAAGAAGGCGAAUUCCCAUCAGACUCUGAAUAAUAUGGACUUUUUUUUCAAAAACACAAUUUUCCA